CCCGACACUUUUAACAACCCGUCAUUCCAAGUGCCUUCCUUUCUCGAUGUGCCCCCGCGUGGGCCAGAGACCAUGUCAUCAUUUCUCAUGGCAUCUCCAUAUCCACAAGACUAUGUAUGGACUGAUUUUCCUCUUCUUAAAUCAACCCAGGAUGAUUCCCAACCUGUGUCCACCUCUUCGGUUCUACAGCAGCGUGUAGCGGACUCCUACUCACAAUAUGUCCAUUCCGUGACCCCUACUGCGCAUAUGCAAUCGUAUCUUUCGGGGCCGAUGAUGAUGCCGUAUCAGACGAUGACAAGCACCUCCAAUGAUCCCUCCAAUCUGUCGUCACUGCACUUCGACCCCGUCCUGCAGCAACAGAUUCCCCACAAUGAUCCAUACUCAGGCAGUCAGCAAAUGGACCCAGCAUUGUCCACAUCCCCCAAGCAAGUGGAACUUCCCUCCAGAAGUGCCGCACCACUCCCUGUACCAUCUGCCGGACCGGAGGGUACGCGAGACAAGAUUGAACAGCAACAGCAGCAAGCGCCGACCAAUAGCUCGGCCGCGUUAGUGCCUGCAAGCCGCACAAACGACAGAGGGCGAAGAGGAUUGAAAAUUUCGAUACCUAGGACUCCGGUCCUUUACUCUGAAAGCGGGUUCGACAUGAUGGGAAUACUCAGCAGGGUAGCUUCGAGGCCUAAUCCUCAGGUCACCAUCGGCCCCGUUGAUUUUACAUGCAGUUUCGUGGUCGCGGAUGCACGCCUUCCUGAAGAACCGAUCGUAUAUGCGAGUCCAACUUUCAGCGAGCUGACUGGGUAUGAACUUCCGGAGAUUAUGGGGCGUAACUGCCGCUUUCUCCAAGCACCACACGGCAUCGUUCGCAAGGGCGAAACGCGACGCUUUACUGACGACAAAGCCGUCGGCCACAUUCGCAAAUCGCUGGAUAAUAGGCAAGAAUGCCAAGUCUCGUUCAUCAAUUAUCGCAAGAAUGGCGAUUCUUUCAUCAAUCUCGUUACCGUAAUCCCAAUCAAGUGGCGUGAAGGCGAUGAUACGGAUUCGGAUGAUGAAGGGGAUGAAGACCAGUAUCGGUACUUGGUUGGAUUCCAAGUCGAUCUCGAGCGCCAACCGAACGCCAUCCUCCGCACGAUGCGUGACGGCACAUAUUCAGUAAAUUACUCUAUGGCAGCAGGAGUUGGGGACCGCUCGGAUAGUCGAUACCCACCCAUCGCUGAGCGGCUGCGCAAGAUACUGUCGGGGACGGCGCCGCCAACAACGACGGAGCAGGAGCGUGAGAAACUAAAUACGUUGAUUCUGGAACAAUCAGACGAUUUUAUCCACGUGCUUUCCUUAAAGGGAUCCAUUCAGUACGUUUCCCCAAGUGUUCGCGCCGUGCUCGAAUAUGACCCCGAGGAACUUUCCGGAAAGACCAUCAGCGACAUCACGCAUCCGUCAGACGUUGUCCCGGUCUUGCGCGAGCUUAAGGAGUCUUCUCUCCCAUCAGCACACUCGUCAGGCUCCAAUGCUCUCAAUUUUGCGUCCACACUACUUGCCCAACAUUACAUGCACCAGGCAAGACUCGUCCAUCUGUUAUUUCGUGUGCGACGCAGGUACAGCGGCUACAUAUGGAUAGAGAGCACAGGUAGAUUACAGGUAGAGCCCGGGAAAGGCCGCAAGUCACUUGUUUUUAGCGGUCGAAUACGACGCAUGCCGCGCCUCGAGUUGAGCGAUUUAGCCAGCGAUGCUGGUUUGGCCGACAUUAUAAGCGGCGACUUUUCUUCGGAAAUAUGGAGCCAAAUAAGCGUUGAUGGUGGACUGUUUCUUGUCGUCUCUACAGGCGCUAAGGAUGUACUUGGUACUUCUGCGCAAGAGGUGAUGGGGACUCGUUUAUCGGAGUGGUUGAGCCCAGAGUCAAGGGGGCCCAUCGAGCGCACUCUUUCCCAUAUUGCUCAUAAUCCGAAAUUGCGCAUGCCUCCCACCAAGUUCAUAUGCAUGCGUAUUCCCAUCGAGGAUCUCCCGCCCGCCUCGCUCCUUGUUACUAUUUACCAGCCGUCCGACCCACCUACUGAACCUAUCUCCUCGUCCUCGUCCUCACAGCCUCCACAAAUCAGUACCAGAGGCCAGAGGCUAUCCGUAGUUAUUAGUCACAUUCGUUUCGCCACUCCAAACGACACCUCAUCUGGCGGAGGGCCGCAAGUCUCUUCUUCCUCUUCUCACAUCCAAGAAUACCUCCAACAGUCGUUACCUCCAUCGGCUGGACCAGGCCCUUCAUCCCAGAUAUUGUCCUCCCCAACCGUCUCAUCAAACAUUUUCGAGGAGUUAGAGACAACGAGGGGUACUAGCUGGCAGUACGAGUUACAGCAGCUGCGUAUCCAGAAUGAGAAGAUGCGGAAGGAGAUUGCCGCUAUUGAGAGAGACCAGCGUGCACAGCUUACUACGAUGCAGCAGCGACAGCAGCAACAUCCGCAAUCGCAUGGAUCAGCACAAUCUCUCGCGUCGCCGAUGCACCAACAGCAUCAAUCGCCCCUGCACCUAAUUCAAGCGACACAGCAGCCGCAGCAGCGGCCACCACGUCUACCGCCAACUCGCUGAUUCGGUUGCUUUGGAUCAAACUGUGCAUUCUGAUUACUACUGAAGGUCAGUGAAACAACCAAGGGAGAUCAGGUAGAAGUGACCACGGUAAGAGGAGCGUGCAGUUGGCUUGACGGGCAGGAAGUUUCUUGGUUAACUUAUUCAAUUGGUUUCCCUACGUUGUACAAUGAUGCAUUGAUGAUCAUUGUUCCUUUUUGUUUGCUGUCUGUCUACGAUGCAUGUCGGUUCUGUCUUUCUUGCUCCCCCCUCGUCUUAUGCCUACCGUUAGUUAGUCAUCGUGGCUUUGGCCAUUGGCCGUGCGAAAUUUAGCGAACCUAAUCAUUGAUCUUCCUGCCCCGAGCGCAAGCACGCUUCGACCAAUUGCGCUGUGUGAUCUGCUUAGGCAAUCGUAUGAAUGUGUAACAUGAAUUCACUUGCUUCU